AUGAUGAUCUCAACAGCAGCACUAAAUCGUUGUUCAAGAGUUGUCAACAAUAACAUUCAUUCAUUCAAGAGGAAUAUAAUAACAAACAAACAAUCUCAACAACAUUACUAUUGUUCAACAAACAGUGGAGGUGGAAGUGGCAGUGGCAGUGGAAGUGGCAGUGGAAGUGGAAGUGGCAGUGGCAAAAGAGGAGGUGGAGGUGGAGAUAUUGAUGAUGAUAUUACAAUAGAGACAACGACUAAAGUUACGAAACAUAUACAUAUUGGACCAAACUAUACAUAUCUAUGGAAUAAUCUAUUGAAUGAUGAUGUUCCACCAUCUACAUCAAUCAAAGGUGGUCGAGGCUCCACAGACGAGUCCGAAUACCUCCAAACACAUCACUCUGUCCUUAACCUUUCACUCGAUCAACUGAUCAAUACACAUAAGAAUAGACACUCGGUUGAUCUUAGCCGUGUACCUACACUUGAUCCACAGGAUGUGUUCAUUAAUAGUGAAUUGAAGUUGAGUGAGAUCAAGGUGUUUGGAUUCGAUUAUGAUUAUACACUGGCCAACUAUAGUGAUCAGGUCCAGAACUUGAUCUAUGAACUCUCGGUCAACUACCUGGUCGAUGAACUAAAGUAUCCAUCCAAUCUAAAGGAUCUGUGCUACGACCCCAAGUUUGCCAUCAGAGGUCUACACUAUGAUAUGUCCACAGGACUACUAAUGAAGCUUGACUUCCUAAACAACAUCCAAGCUGGUGCCAUCUAUUAUGGACGAAGAGCACUAAGCAAAGAGGAGACAGUAUCAAUCUAUGGAUCAAUGCAGUUAAGGAGAGCAUAUUGCGAGACAUAUUUGAAGCCAAUGAUUGAUAUCUUUUGUAUACCAGAGGCUUGUUUGAUCAGCGACAUCACUCAAUUCCUCGUGGAUAAUAACUUUACUUUCGAGCCAAGAAUCAUUUACGACGACAUCACCAAGGCUGUGUCCAAGGUGCAUCUUAGCGGUAGUCUGCACUCCCGCAUAAUCAACGACUUUCCCCUCUAUCUCAACAAGCAUCCAUUGUUAGGAGAGUUCCUCUUGAAGCUUAAGGCUGCCAACAAGAAGCUCUUCCUGUUGACGAAUAACUCAUUCUACUUUGCCAAUCAUGGCAUGCGAUACCUGCUCAAUGAUCAACUUGGCGGAUCCUAUAAUGACUGGACCGACCUGUUCGACGUGAUCAUAACGCAGUGCGAUAAGCCCACGUUCUUUGGCAAGGGCCGCAACUUUAGAAGCUUCGACAUCAACUCGGAGCGCUACGACUGGAGCGAGAUCCGCGAGUUCAAGCCGGGCAAGGUGUAUGUGGGCGGCAGCCUGCAGCAGUUCACCAGCAUCAGCAAGUGGAAGGGACGCAGCGUGAUGUACUUUGGCGACCACCUGUUCAGCGACCUCGUAGAGCCGUCGACCAAGGAGGGCUGGCGCACGGGCGUCAUCAUCAAGGAGCUCGAGACCGAGGUGGAGAUCCAGAACUCGCCAAAGUAUCGUGAGAAUCUGGCCGAGCUGUUGCAGAUUGAGGACGCCAUACGUCGGUGUCAGUUCUUCAAGGGCGAGCGCAAGGAUGUAUUCCUCGAGACGUUAAAGACCGAGCGAUAUGCCAAGCGACUGGCGUUGAAGGAGCCUUUCAAUCAGAGCUUUGGCAGUUUGUUCAGGACUCAUACCAAUGCCACGAUGUUUGCAUACUCACUACAUCGUCAUGCCGAUAUCUACACGUCAAAGAUUGAGAAUCUAAUCUCAUAUCCACUCGACUACUCAUUCUACCCUGGCAGGAACUAUCUUCCACAUGAGUUCAAAUUGAACUAA